AUGACCACUAAAGUUGUUAAUGUUGCCGUUAUCGGUGCCGGUGUUGUUGGUUCAUCUUUCUUGGAUCAAUUGUUGGCCAUGAAGUCUACUAUUACUUACAAUCUAGUACUUUUGGCUGAGGCCGAGCGUUCUUUGAUCUCUAAGGAUUUUUCUCCAUUGAAUGUUGGUUCCGAUUGGAAGGCUGCUUUGGCAGCUUCCACUACCAAAACGUUGCCACUGGACGAUCUGAUUUCUCAUUUGAAAACUUCACCUAAGCCAGUCAUUUUGGUUGAUAACACUUCCAGCGCCUACAUUGCUGGUUUUUACACCAAGUUUGUCGAAAAUGGUAUUUCCAUUGCUACUCCAAACAAGAAGGCCUUUUCCUCUGAUUUGGCUACUUGGAAGGCUCUUUUCUCAAACAAGCCAACCAACGGUUUCGUCUAUCAUGAAGCCACCGUCGGUGCUGGUUUGCCUAUUAUUAGUUUCUUGAGAGAAAUUAUUCAAACCGGUGACGAAGUUGAAAAAAUUGAAGGUAUCUUCUCUGGUACUCUAUCCUAUAUUUUUAACGAAUUCUCUACUAGCGAAGCUAACGACGUCAAAUUUUCUGAUAUUGUCAAAGUUGCUAAAAAAUUGGGUUACACUGAACCAGACCCAAGAGAUGAUUUGAAUGGGUUGGAUGUUGCUAGAAAGGUUACCAUUGUUGGUAGGAUAUCCGGUGUAGAAGUUGAAUCUCCAACUUCUUUCCCAGUCCAGUCUUUGAUUCCAAAACCGUUGGAAUCUGUCAAGUCUGCCGAUGAAUUUUUGGAAAAAUUAUCUGAUUAUGAUAAAGAUUUGACUCAAUUGAAGAAGGAAGCCGCUGCUGAAAAUAAGGUAUUGAGAUUCAUUGGUAAAGUUGAUGUUGCUAGCAAAUCAGUGUCCGUAGGAAUUGAAAAGUACGAUUACUCACACCCAUUUGCAUCAUUAAAAGGAUCAGACAACGUUAUCUCCAUCAAAACUAAACGUUACACCAAUCCUGUUGUUAUUCAAGGUGCUGGUGCUGGUGCUGCCGUUACUGCCGCUGGUGUCUUGGGUGAUGUUAUCAAGAUUGCUCAAAGACUUUAG